GGUUUUGGAGGACGGCUUUUCCUGCUCCAUGUGCACUGGAGCCAACAGAGAGGAGGAGAGAGAGAACUUUUGUUCGUCAGCCUCCAACUUGCAGAGGAAGUUGCCAGUCCGGCCCUUCCCACACCCGCACCCGCACCCGCACACACACACACACACACACACACACACACACACACACUUUUCAAGACUUGAACCACAGCGGCAAAGCGAGGCCGGAAAAAGCUUUGGGACAUCUUGUUUGUGAUGCUUUUCCUCCAAGUUUUGCGAGCGGGUUGGUGCAGCGUUCCCAGCAGCUCUCUGGAGCAUUUGACCGGGACGGGAUUUCUGUCGACGCACCGGGCGGCCAAAUGAAGCGUUGAGCUUGAAGACCAAAGAUCACAAGCCGGCCGGAGCGGGCCGGGCAGAAAAGAAGGAUCCGCAAAUUUUUUUCUCAUCUCCGAUUCUUCUGCCGACAACAUGAGCCGCGACUGAAAAGAUUACGCGCUUUGAAGAAAAGCCGCCAUGGACGUGAAGAAGAAGGAAAUGGAUCUCCUGAGCAACAGCAUGGCCGCUUACGCGCACAUCAAGGGCAACCCGGAGAGCUUCGGCCUGUACUUUGUGCUGGGCGUUUGCUUCGGCCUGGUUCUGACGCUCUGCUUGCUGGUCAUGCGCAUCUCCUGCAAGCCGCGCGGCCGGACGGCCGGCGCCGCCGCCUCGUCCGCGCCCGAGAAAAAAAUACCGCGGGACGAGGAGGAGCGGGAAAGCGCCGGGGAGGACGUCGACGACGUCGACGACGUGGAAGUGGCCCCCUCGCCGCCGCUCGCCGUCACCACCGAGAUCCCCGCCGGGAACGGCAGCAUCGGCGACCGCUCGGACGGGACGCCCAACGUGUUCGCGUCGGCCGAGGAGCUGGAGAGGGCGCAGCGGCUGGAGGAGCGCGAGCGCAUCAUCCGGGAAAUCUGGAGGAACGGACAGCCGGACGUCCUGGGAACGGGAACGGGGACCGUCGGGAGAGUGCGCUACUACUAACGGACGCCGCCGCCCCGCCCCCGAGACGCCGAGGCCUUUGCGGCGCGGCGGGUCACUUCGGCAGCCGACCGCAUUUGAAGGAUGCCGCUGAUUCAUUGACUUGAAAUGCGUACGCGGUGAAGACUAGUCACCCCCCCUUAAAAAAGGGAGCGCAGAGAUUCGGGCUGAGCCGAAUGCGCUGAAAUGAAGGUCAAAACGAAGCGGAAAUGAAAGCAUUCCGCUCAAAUCAAUUGCAGAUGCCGCCUCGGGGGGGUGGUUGGGGGGGGGGGCAAACGGAUUUAUGAGCAGAAACAUUUUGGCAGAGCGUCGUCGUCUUUCCUCGUUUGCAAUGGAGCCUCACGUGCCUUAUUAUUUGGAAUGGAAACGCAUCUUUGGAAUAAAAAUCUCAGGCCCGAACGACAAACAAAACGCGACCUCUUGUGCGAGAGAAAAAUGUUUUUCCACGGCCACUGAAAAGGAAGUGCCCACAUCUGGUGGGAUGAGGUGGUGGUAGGGGGUU